UAAGAAGUAGUAUGGAAAGGUAUGUACAUUUUGAUUUCGAAAAUAUAUUGACAGCCACCCUUUAGUUUUUGUGUAGUUCAAUCCAAAAUAUGCGUGGGGUAUUGUGGCAACGGUGAGAGACAGCCAUAGCAACCCCCUUCACGGCAAUGGGUCGCUAGCGGCGGCGCCAGCAUUUACUUCAGUCGUCUCCGGCCCGCCGACCGCGACCGACAGCGGACGACGGUGCCACCGAAAAGCGCGCGAAAUUGUUAAUUAAGCGACACGGCGCCUGUCAAUUCCCUCUCCCCCGCAGCCGCUGAGGCGUUUCCGCACGCUGACUCAGUCUAUUGUCUGAUCCACAUUCAUGGGCAAAAUUUUUGUUCCACAUGUAUCACCAGAAACAACAGAUCCGUCUACUUCGGGCCUUCAAAAGACCAUCUCGAAAAAGGCCGACAUCAUGAGGAAAACAGAGGAGGAGACAAAGGAUGGGAGCGACCAAGAGGGCUCGGUCGCAGACUGGGUGACGGGCGGGCCCAUCGGCUCCAAGGCGGCCGUGCUCGUGUUCAGGUCCUGCGUCCUCGCCUCCCGGACGCCCUCCAUGGAGUCGGCGACCAAGAGCGUCGGGAACAACACGGGGAAUAACAUCCUCCUGAACAAAGCCAAAAAUAUGGCCAAAAGACUGGUGUCCGAGCCGCACUCUUUGAGCGUCAGACCAAAGAAUAUAAUGCACGACGUGAUGGAGACGUUCGGUACCGGCACAAAGAUGAACGGGCAGGCUUACGUGGUGCGGCACGUGAGCGACAGCGAGCUGCCCGAGGCCGCGCCCGUCGAGGAGCAGGGCCACGAGCCGGCGCACCACCAGCGCGACAUCGACGACGUGCUGCACGACCUCAGCAAGAUCACGCUCAAGAAGCAUCUCGAUGUCGAGAACACCACCGCCAACAUCAAGCCGCCAGAGGAUCCGCCGCCCACAGAAAACAAAGACGAUAAGAAAAACAAGAAAACUAAAGGAAAGAGCAAGCAAAAAUUGCCACAAGUCAAACGUUGUGUCUCGCCACAAGACAGCCAAGAUUCGGAAAAUACGUUAGUUAAGGAAAUAGACAGUGUAAAGGUGCUGGAGAGCAGCAACAUGCCGGCGCGCAUCCUGCAGGCCACCUACAAGCUGGUGAACACGGAGACCAAGCUGCUGCACCGGCUGCUGCAGGCGCACGGUCUGCAGGAGGCGCCGCCGGACUCCAAGGACUUCAACCUGAUGUGGGCCGGCCUGCACCCCAAGCCGGACGUGCUGCGGGCGCUCUCGCCCUACCAGAGGGUCAACCACUUCCCUCGGUCGUACGAGCUGACGCGCAAGGACAAGCUGUUCAAGAACAUCGAGAAGAUGCAGUAUUUCCGCGGCGUGAAGAACUUCGACUUCAUCCCGACGACGUUCCUGAUGCCCACCGAGUACAAGGAGCUGUGCACGGCGCACUACCGCACCAAGGGGCCCUGGAUAGUGAAGCCCGCCGCCUCCAGUCGUGGCCGCGGCAUCUACAUCGUGAACACGCCGGACCAGAUCCCGAAGGGCGACAACGUGGUGGUGGCGAAGUACAUCGACCGGCCGCUGCUGAUCGGCGGGCACAAGUGCGACCUGCGGCUGUACGUGUGCGUCACCUCCGUGGACCCUCUGCUCGUGUACCUGUACGAGGAGGGCCUCGUGCGCUUCGCCACCGUCAAGUACGACAAGACCAACAAGAACCUGUGGAACCCCUGCAUGCAUCUCUGCAACUACAGCAUCAACAAGUACCACACCGACUACAUCAAGUGCGAGGACCCGGUGGCGGGUGACGUGGGGCACAAGUGGACGCUGUCGGCGCUGCUGCGCACGCUGCGCGCGCAGGGCCGCGACACGCGCGCGCUCAUGGCCGCCGUCGAGGACCUCGUCGUCAAGUCCGUGCUCUGCUCCGCGCACACCAUGGCCGCUGCCGCCAGGGUCUUCGUGCCCAACGUCUUCAACUGCUUCGAGCUCUUCGGCUACGAUAUCCUGGUAGAUGAAAAUUUAAAGCCGUGGUUGCUAGAAAUAAAUCUGUCACCCAGCCUGGCGUGCGAGAGUCCGCUGGACGCGCGCGUCAAGUCUGCGCUCCUGGCGGACACGCUGACGCUGGUGGGGCUGCCGGCCGUGCCGCCGCCCGGCCAGGACCUCGCCGGCCACACCAACUCGCUCCGGAUGAGGAUCGGCGCGUGCCGGCGCGUGCACUCCGCGGAGAACGUGUGCGUGCGGCGCGGCGGGGCGGGCGCGGGCGGCGCGGGGCUGGCGGGAGAGGAGCUGCGCAUAGUGCGCGCCGUGCGGGCCCAGUACGUGCGCCGCGGCGGCUUCGUGCGCAUCUUCCCCUCUCAGAACUCCUGGCAGAAAUACGCCCAGUACCUGGAUCCCGUGACCGGCAUCCCGGUGUGCUCCACCUCGGUGAACAGCAACGCGCCGUACGCCGCCCUGCAGCACAACUACAACCUGCUGGUGCACGCGCACGUGUUGCCGCACUUCCGGCAGGCCGCCGCGCACACCGACCCCGACCUGGACACGGACACGCCGCAGCGGCUGCGGCGCUACGAGACGGUGGCGAUAGCGGGCGCGGCGCCGGCCGUGCACCUGGCCGAGAGCGCGCCGCCGCCGCGGGACGCGCGCCGCGCCAAGGACCUCAUCAAGCAGCAGCUGCUCGACGGACUCAAGCUCACGGGCAGCGAGGGGCGGCGCGCGUUCGGGCUGUACCUGACGCACGUGCUGAAGCGCGUGUCGUGCGCGGGCGGGGAGCAGGCGGCGCAGCACGCGGCGCUGCUGCUGCGCUUCCUGCGCCGCGCCGCCGCCACGCUGCGCAUGCCCUACAAUGUAAAGGGUCCGCCGGCGAAGAUGUGCGACAAGGACAGGUGCGCGGUGGUGGCGAAGCAGCUGAGCGACUUCCUCUACCUGUACUGCCGCGACGCCGACCUGUGCGCCGACGCCGACCGCCGCGACGGCUGCGUCUCCAACAUACACUUCGCGCAGUUCCUCUGCGGCGCCAGCGAGGCCGACCUCGAGGAGGUGCUGCUGCUCGUGCUGCGCCUCGAGAACCACGUCGCGCCCUUCCUUGGCGACGCGCGCAACCCCUACUGCGUCGACCUGCCGCCCGAGCGGCUGGCGGCGCGCGCCCAGCGCCACUCGCUGCUGCGUCUGCUGGCCGCGCUCGCGCCCAUCACCACGCGCCGCUACUACAGGCCGAUACCAGAAGGAGUCAGACGCGUGGAGGAAGAAGCGGAGUGCGAGACCCGCACCCCCUCCCCGCAGCGCCCCGCCUCGCCCGGAGAAGAAUCUUAUGAAGAUGAAACGUUGUGA